AUGCCUUCCAAAAGAUCUCAUUCAGUAACUUCUGAAGAUAUGGAAGGAGAAAACGAAGAAGAAGAAUUCAAACCUUCCAUUUCACCUUCUCCUCCUAUCACACCUAAGAAAACCAAAGUUGAUCCGAAAUCACCAAAAUCGAAAACUCCAAAGACUCCUCGAACUCCAAAAGCGAAGAUUGAGAAAGGUGAGAAUGGAGAGAAAGGUGCUAAUGGAGUUUGGACAAGUGAGAAAAAAGGAGAAUUCAUGGAUGAGAUCAUUGCUGUUGGAUAUAAGAAUGCCGAUCUGGAUUCUUUAGCCACUAAACUCGGAAUGAACAAACGUCAAUUAAUCGAUCAACUCGUUCCCAAUCGUUCCAACCUUCGAGGAAGAGCCGUCAAAGCUAUCUCAGUAGAUUAA